UGUUCCCUUGCCAGGUCUGAUCACCUCUGUGGCUCAGAGACACUAAGCUGUAGCCAGAGGAUGGACGACAACACGGAGCUGAGGACUGGUGGAAACUCUCUUCUGAAGGCCGUGUGGCUGGGGAGGCUCAGGCUGACCAGACUCCUCCUGGAAGGAGGCGCCUACAUCAACGAGAGCAACGACCAAGGCGAAACGGCGCUCAUGGUGGCGUGUAUCACCCAACACGUGGACCAGCAGAGCAUCAGCAAGACCAAAAUGGUGAAGUACCUGCUGGACAACAGGGCCGACCCCAACAUUCAGGACAAGUCUGGGAAGACCGCUCUCAUCCACGCUUGCAUCAGGAGAGCUGGGGGGGACGUGGUCUCCUUACUGCUGGAGAGCGGAGCGGACCCCAGCCUCGAGGACCACAGUGGGGCCUCCGCUCUGGUUUAUGCCAUCAACGCUGAUGACAAGGACACCUUGAAACAUCUCCUUGAUGCCUGCAAAGCCAAAGGGAAGGAGGUGAUUAUUAUAACAACAGAUAAAUCAUCUUCAGGCACCAAAACCACCACGCAGUAUCUUAAUGUCCCUCCUUCACCCAAAAUGGAGGACAGAGAGCCACCCACGCUGUGCACCUCUCCCUCCGACAGGGCACGGGAGGCCCCUGGCCUGGGCUCUCCACCCUGUGAGGAGGUGGAUGACUUCUUUGGUCUCCAAACAGGGCAUCCGAGUACUUGCAACACCUCCAAGGCUCUUUACGAGCCUGGGUCACCCACCAGGAAAGUGGGGAGCCUCAAAAGGGCCCGUUUGCCUCAACUGAAGAGGCUCCAGUCGGAACCCUGGGGCCUGACUGCGCCCUCCGUGCUGGCAGCUUCCUCGCCUCAGGAUGAGACCCGUGGUGCCGGCACAGACAGCGAGGUCCUCAAGAGUGUUAGCAAUGUGUCCUUCCCCAAGAGGGGGCUCCUCUCCAGAGCCAGCAGUAUUGACAGCAGAGACCCCGCUGUCUUCCCCGCGGUCACCGAGCAGGUCCGGAAGACCCCAGCCUCUCCAGUGCUGACACCCUGGAAGGCAGCUGAUCUGGCCAGAAGAGGAACUCUCCCUGUUGACCCAGAGAAGGGUGGUCUGUGUCCACUGGUACCUGCUGCUCUCAAAGAUGCAGCAUCCCUUAAACAGCUGGAAAAUGACCUCUAUGACUUAGAUUUACAGCCGGGGGCUAACCCACCCAAUACUAUUUCCCCGGAAUCAGGCAAAGGACCGUUAGAGAGAAAGCAGCUCUUCCGUGGCUCUCGGGAAUCCCUGGACGCCACGGCCAGCUCAUCGCCCAGCUCGCUGCGCCGCGGGCUCCCGCACCUUCUAGAGAGACGAGGUUCUGGAACUCUGCUGCGUGACGGGAUUUCUCACACCAGGCCUGGCUUCCUUCCACCUUUAUAUGUGAAUCUGAACCCCCCAGCCCCGGACAUUCAGUCUAGCAGCAAGCCUCCUUCUCCACUGGCUAGUGGCUUAAAAUCCGUGGUUCCCGUUGCUCCAAGUUCGCCAAAGAGAGUUGACUUGAGGAGUAAGAAGAAGCUGCUCAGGAGGCAUUCUAUGCAAGUCUGA